ACAAAAAUGCACAUCGGAGGUGGCCGUUGGAUCGAGUGACAUCAUCGCCUUCCCAGUCACUUUAACGUCAUUAAGCCGUACACGUUGUGUGGCGAAGAGAAACAAAACACAGGAUUUCCUGUUCUGCAGCCACUGUGCCGGGCUGCAGAUGCCAGCAGGAUUCCAGCGCUCCGAAAAAGCCAUGUGGAAGUUGAACGAGGAGCCGGCGGGGCCGGGAGCGCUGCGGAAACCGGUGGGAAACACGCACAGGACACUCGCCGCUCUCUAGCAUGGAUGUGUCCCCCCCGGAGGAUGGGAGCCGCGGGAAGAAACUCUCCAUCUGCCUUAAUCACUCCAUGAGCAAAGAGACUCAGCUGAGAUGGAGAACAACACGUCCUCUGGGAACUGCACUGGCCCCCAGAUGUCCUUCCAGUCCACCCUGUACGCAACCACCUACACCCUCAUCUUCAUCCCCGGCCUCCUGGCCAACAGCGCUGCCCUGUGGGUCUUGUGCCGCUUCAUCAGCAAGAAGAGCAAAGCCGUCAUCUUCAUGAUCAACCUGGCCGUGGCCGACCUGGCUCACGUCCUCUCGCUGCCCUUACGGAUGUAUUACUACAUCAACCACACCUGGCCCUUCGGAACUUUCCUUUGCCAGGUGUGCUUCUACCUGAAGUAUCUCAACAUGUACGCCAGCAUUUGCUUCCUCACCUGCAUCAGCAUCCAGCGGUACCUCUUCCUCCUCCAUCCCUUCAAGGCCAAGGACUGGAAGCGCCGGUACGACGUGGCCAUCAGCGCUGCCGUCUGGCUCUUUGUGGGGGCGGCGUGUUUACCCCUGCUCGUGGUGAGGAGCCCAGCCUUGUCCAACAGCACCAACACCUGCUUCUCAGACCUGGGGGUGAAGCAGCUGAGCCCGGGAGACUCCAUCGCACUGGUGACAGUGGCGGAGCUGUUUGGGUUUGUCAUCCCCUUCGGCAUCAUCGCCUGCUGCACUUGGAAGAUGUGGCAGUCCCUGCGGGAGUGUCCCACGCCACUGCAGAACGCUGGUGAGAAGCGGAAGGCUUUGCGCAUGGUCUUGAUGUGCGCAGCUGUCUUCUUCAUCUGCUUCACCCCCUACCACAUCAACUUCCCCUUCUUCAUGAUGGUGAUCGAGAACAUCAUCCAGGACUGUGCCGUCCACAGGAGCACCCUCCGCUUCCACCCCAUCUCCCUCUGCCUUGCGAGCCUCAACUGCUGCCUGGAUCCCGUCCUCUACUACUUCAUGACCUCCGAGUUCCAGGACCAGCUGCUGCACCACGGCUGCGUCGCCCUGCGGACUCGCUUCAUGCGCCGCCGGAGCAGCCUCUCCAUCACCGAAACCAGCCACAACAUCCGGAUGAAAAGGAGAAAUCUUCCACGCUUUCGGUUUUGGUCUCUUCCCAAGUUCUUUGGCCAAAUAAACAGCAUGGAAAUCCCUGCAAUGCCACCUGAUGAGCUUCUGCUAGAGUCCAUCUCUUGAGGCAGAAACCAUGUAUCUCUGUGUACAUGCUUCUCAUCGCUUGAGUGAAGGCUGCAUUAUGUCUCCAAAUACAUCUUGAAUUACCCCUGUGUGCAACAGCUGCCAGGAUCUGACCUAGAAGGACAUUUUGGUGCCAAAAGACUUGCUGGUUGCAUUGUUGCUGUUGGGGACUGUUCACUUUACAGCGUUCUCCAUCACGUUACUGUUAAAAUAUCCAACACAGCGUUGCUGACGCCAGUAUUUCUGGGUCCCUCUCAUUUCUGUUGUUUCAGUGCUCCUACAUAUUUGUUCUUUUUGAAACCCCUCUUGAAUCCUGAGCUAUAAGCCACUGGCUCAGCCUCAGCACAGCUUGGAGCACUGUGGGAGUUUUAGCCCCAGCUGUGUUUACCUGCAGCAUCAUCACCUGAGGCUCUAGAUCAGGACACUUAAUUAUUUCCACAUCAACAGAAUCUCUUUCCAUUAAAAUAAAAAAAAAAAAAAUCAAUCCUCUGGGCUAAUCUAGCCUAAACCAGACUGCAAGACUAUGACUUUACCAACAUAUAUCAAGCAAAGAGUAUUAACCUAUAUCACAUCAGUGUUAAAAGGAGUUUAAGUGAGCUGGGAUCAGCUCACGCUAUUGAAAAAGGCACCCAGAGCUGAGCAAGGGAACCUGCUUGGCUCCCACAAGCUAUGGGAUGCUCAACAGAUUAUGUGGGGACGAAUAUGCAGAAGAUGGACUGUGUGUGGACAUGCCACGAGCAAAGAGGAAGAUGAAGGACGCCUCCCAGGGCACAUUUGCUCACAGGGUCCCGGGUUGAGCUGCAGAAUGGAGGACUAGUAGCUGGCAUCGCCAUUUCUUGUGUUAUUAGAAGUCUUGUGUUACUUGGCAUCUUGCUAAAGCCUGUGGUCAUAGAUAAGAUGUUACCCAAAGCUCUCAGUUCUGCCUUAAAAACCAAAAAAGGUCCCAAUGCUCACUGGGUACCAAGAAAAGUUUACAAAACUGACCCGAGUGCACCCUUAAGGCUUCAGACUCAGGAGGAAAUAAAAUGAUCUCAAUACCUA